CCACACCGAGCAGGCGGCCUGCAGCAGCAACGCUCUCUGCCCCUGCGGCGGCUGCAGCCAGGGCCGCUCCCGAGGCCCGCGUGGCUGCAACGGGCACGGCCCGGCCCCGCGGCGCUUCUCCUCGGUGCCCCCGCCGUGGGGCAGGAGCGCGGCGCCCAGCGCUGCAGGCAAGCGCUAAGCGGCCGAGGCCCGCGGCACCCCGGACGCUGCCCUCCGACCGCGGCUCGCUCCAGGCACCCUGCCGGGGCACCAUGGACACCUCCCCGGUCGGCGUGCUCCUGUCCUUGCCCGUCCUGCUGCAGCUGGCGGCCGUGGGCGGUUCGCCGAGGCCCGGCGCGCUGCUGCGGGGGUGCCCCGCGCACUGUCAGUGCGAGCCCGACGGCAGGAUGCUGCUCAGGGUAGACUGCUCGGACCUGGGGCUCUCGGAGCUGCCCGCCAACCUCAGCGUCUUCACCUCCUACCUAGACCUCAGUAUGAACAACAUCAGUCAGCUGCUCCCGAAUCCCCUGUACAGUCUCCGCUUCCUAGAGGAGUUACGUCUUGCCGGAAAUUCUUUGACAUACAUUCCCAAGGGAGCAUUCGCUGGCCUUUACAGUCUUAAAGUUCUUAUGCUGCAGAAUAAUCACCUAAGACAGGUACCGACGGAAGCUCUGCAGAAUUUGCGAAGCCUUCAGUCCCUGCGUCUGGAUGCCAACCACAUCAGCUACGUCCCCCCGAGCUGUUUCAGUGGCCUGCAUUCCCUGAGGCACUUGUGGCUGGAUGACAACGCCUUGACAGAAAUCCCCGUCCAGGCUUUCAGAAGUUUAUCAGCACUGCAGGCCAUGACCUUGGCCCUGAACAAAAUACACCACAUACCAGACUAUGCCUUUGGAAACCUCUCCAGCUUGGUAGUUCUGCAUCUCCAUAACAAUAGAAUUCACUCCCUGGGAAAGAAAUGCUUUGAUGGGCUCCACAGCCUAGAGACUUUAGAUUUAAAUUAUAAUAAUCUUGAUGAAUUCCCCACUGCCAUCAGGACACUCUCCAACCUUAAAGAACUAGGAUUUCACAGCAACAAUAUCAAGUCAAUACCCGAGAAAGCAUUUGUAGGCAAUCCUUCUCUUAUUACAAUACAUUUCUAUGACAACCCCAUCCAGCUUGUUGGAAGAUCCGCUUUUCAACAUUUACCUGAACUAAGAACACUGACUCUGAAUGGCGCCUCACAAAUAACUGAAUUUCCUGAUUUAACUGGAACUGCGAGCCUGGAGAGUCUGACUUUAACUGGAGCCCAGAUCUCAUCUCUUCCUCAAACCGCCUGUGAUCAGUUACCUAAUCUGCAAGUGCUAGAUCUAUCUUACAACCUGCUAGAAGAUUUACCCAGUUUCUCAGUCUGCCAAAAGCUUCAGAAAAUAGACCUGCGACAUAAUGAAAUCUAUGAAAUUAAAGUUGACACAUUCCAGCAGCUGCUUGGUCUCCGAGCUCUGAAUUUAGCUUGGAACAAAAUUGCCAUCAUUCAUCCCAAUGCAUUUUCCACUUUGCCAUCUCUAAGAAAGCUGGACCUAUCCUCCAACCGCCUGUCGUCUCUUCCUGUAACAGGGUUACAUGGUUUAACUCACUUAAAAUUAACAGGAAAUCAUGCCUUACAGAGUUUGAUAUCAUCUGAAAACUUUCCAGAACUCAAGGUUAUAGAAAUGCCUUAUGCUUACCAGUGUUGUGCAUUUGGAGUGUGUGAGAAUGUCUAUAAAAUAUCUAAUCAAUGGAAUAAAGAGGACAACAGCAGUACAGAUGACCUUUAUAAGAAAGAUGCUGGAAUGUUUCAAGUUCAAGAUGAGCGUGAUCUUGAAGAUUUCCUGCUGGACUUUGAGGAAGACCUGAAAGCCCUUCAUUCGGCGCAGUGCUCACCUUCCCCAGGGCCCUUCAAACUCUGCGAAUACCUGUUUGGUAGCUGGCUGAUCAGAAUUGGAGUGUGGACCAUAGCCGUCUUGGCGCUUACUUGCAAUGCCUUGGUGACCUCAACGGUGUUCAGAGCCCCUCUGUACAUUUCCUCCAUAAAACUGUUAAUUGGGUUAAUAGCAGCAGUAAACAUGCUCAUGGGGGUCUCCAGCGCUGUGCUGGCUGGUGUGGAUGCGUUCACUUUUGGCAGCUUUGCACAGCAUGGGGCGUGGUGGGAGCAGGGGGUCGGGUGUCAGGUUGUCGGGUUUUUGUCCAUUUUUGCUUCGGAAUCAUCUGUUUUCCUGCUUACCCUGGCAGCCCUGGAGCGUGGGUUCUCUGUGAAAUGUUCUGCAAAAUUUGAAAGGAAAACUCCUUUCUCCAGUCUGAAAGCAAUCAUUCUGCUCUGUGCGGUGCUGGCCUUGACCAUCGCCACAGUUCCACUGCUGGGGGGCAGUGAGUUCAGCGCCUCCCCGCUCUGCCUGCCCCUGCCCUUUGGCGAUCCCAGCACCACAGGCUACAUGGUCGCGCUCGUCUUGCUCAACUCCCUUUGCUUCCUGGUGAUGACCAUUGCCUAUACCAAGCUCUACUGCAAUUUGGAAAAGGGAGACCUGGAGAAUAUGUGGGACUGUUCUAUGGUGAAGCACAUCGCUCUGUUGCUCUUCACCAACUGUAUCCUUUACUGCCCCGUGGCUUUCUUGUCCUUCUCCUCCUUACUAAACCUCACCUUUAUCAGUCCCGAAGUAAUUAAGUUUAUCCUUCUGGUGAUUGUCCCGCUUCCUGCAUGCCUCAAUCCCCUUCUGUACAUCCUCUUCAAUCCCCAUUUUAAGGAAGAUCUGGGGAGCCUGGGAAAGCAAACCCACUUCUGGACAAGAUCGAGAAACCCAAGCCUGAUGUCUAUUAACUCUGAUGAUGUCGAGAAGCAGUCCUGUGAUUCAACCCAAGCCUUGGUAACCUUCACCAGCACCAGCAUCGGCUAUGACCUGCCUUCCAGUUCCGUGUCACCACCAGCUUACCCGGUGACCGAAAGCUGUCACCUUUCAUCUGUGGCAUUUGUCCCAUGUCUCUAAUUCACCUGUGGGAGAAAAUGUUUACAAACAUUGAAAAACCAAAAAUAUGAGAUUGGGUACAUCAGAGCAGUAACUAAAAAUAGCCGAGUGGAAACUUUGUUU